AUAAAAAAUUAAGAAGAAGAAAUUCAACAAUCAAGAAUAUGGAUCAAGAAGUAAAAUCAAGAUCAAGAACUCAAGAGUCUAAAAAGUCAAUAUUCAAGAUCCAGUAUCAAAUAAACAUUCCCAAUGAAUUAAGUUCUGCAGUUGCUCCGGGAGGGGAUGGAGGCGGCAGUGGUGGUAGUGGCGGAGAUGGCAUCGGCGGAGGUGGAGCAAGGGGUGGUGGUGGCAGUAGUGCAGGCAGCCGUACUGGAAAUGGUGGUGGAGGUACGUUAACCCGCCACGGUGGUCAAACCAGUGGUGCAACCAUUACGAUGCGCCUCAUAAACAGCAGCCCCUUCAUCUCUUUUGCAUGGCCAUGUUUAGUUAUGUUAUAUUUGGCUUACGCAUCAUUUUCAUUUCCCCCUCCACUUUAAUUGAUCCCUGGUUAUGUGCAAAAAUGCAAGCUAAGUAAUAAAUUUGUAUUCGUGUGUGAUGUUAUAUUAAGGCUUAUGUAUUUAUUCUGCUUGCAAACGUUACAAUUUUUUUAAUUUACCUUUUAGGUAUUUUAAUCAA